AUGUUGUGUUGGACCACCGCGUUACCACGCCUCGCGAUUCCGCUCCUUCUCUUGUGCUGUAGCCUCUUCUUUCUGUCCCGCCCGGCCCUCCAUGCCCCGAAAACCCCCAUCGUCCACUUUCAAGUCGCCAACCUCACCAAAACCAGCUCCACCUUCGACGCCUCUGUCCAAGAGUUCUGGCUCUCCUUUGCGGCAUCCCUCGAGGAUGCUCGACCGCAAUGUUCGCCACUGCGCUCCGAGGAUGGUCAUCCGCCUGACUCUUACACGACAUUCCAGCCUCUCGAACCGACCAAGCAGCGCCUUGAGCGACUGAACAUUAUCGAUGAAAGUGAGACGGCUCUCUUUCGUGCGCACUAUCUCAUGCGCGCUUCGGCGCUGAGGCUAGGACCAAAACUCCCGUUCAGCGCGGGCACUACAGGUAUCGUGACGACGGCGAACCCGAAAUACAUGUCCAUCUUCCUCGUCUCGCUGCGCAUGCUGCGUCGAACGGGAUGCCAGCUGCCGGUUGAAGUCUUCAUUAGCGACUGGUCCGAAUAUAAUUCUACGCUUUGCGAAACCGUCCUCCCGUCUCUCAAUGCGCGAUGCGUCGUCUUGUCGGAGAUCUACUCUACUGCGAAAGACAUAGCUCCGCUAGAUCACUUCCAGUACAAGAUCUUUUCUAUCCUCUUCUCCUCGUUCCAAAACGCCCUUUUCCUCGAUAGCGACGCGUUCCCCGCUCACGAUCCUACCACCCUUUUUCUCGCGCCGCCUUACACCACACACGGUCUCGUGACAUGGCCAGACCUCUUCGGCGACACGGCGUCGUCCCACUACUACCACAUCGCCGGCAUCCCUGAAGUCCCUGUCUCUACGCGCUACUCGACGGAAAGCGGACAGGUGUUGCUCGACAAGAGCAAACAUAGAGAGAGCUUGCUCUUGAUGGUGUAUUACAACUACUACGGGCCAUCGUACUACUACCCGCUUCUUUGCCAAGGGAGCCACGGUGCGGGCGAUAAGGACACAUUCAUCCACGCUGCCAUGGCGAUGGGUUUACCCUGGUACCAAGUCAGCAUCGGCGUCCACGCACUAGGCCGCGACAGGAACGGCAGCUAUGCAAUGGCGGGCAUGGCGCAGGCGGAUCCAGCGCUCGACUUCCAAUACGCGCGGCCGAUGCCGAGCCACAUGCAUAUGCAAGACCUCUGGCAAGACGACGACCUCAAGCAUGUGAACCCAGAAGUCGAGGAAGCGCGCGAUGGUACACGUCGUGCACCCAAGAAACCGCGGCCCUUCUUCAUCCACCAGAACAUGCAUAAGCCGGAUCCGAAGACUAUCUUGGCGAAGGACAACGAUCCGCUAAGGGACGUGGAGGGCCAAUACCAGCGGAUGUGGGGUUCUCUGAGAGAUAUGGUGGCCGACUUUGGAUAUGACGUCGAGAGGCGGCUGUGGGAGGUCAUGGUGGAGGAGGCGUGCAGGGAAGAUACUGGAAGUGAGACUUGCGCCCAAAUCUCCAGGUAUGUGCUCGAGGUUUUUGGGUACAUAGAGUCUCUUGAAGGACCGUGA